UUUACCUAACGUGACUUCUUUUAAGCUGCAAGUUGCACCACUUUCAAACCACCUUUAGACCAUUUCUUCCAACUAGUCAGCUGUCUUUCUUUUUUGACGCCUAUAUUUUUACUUUUAUAUUAUGCGCCUUCGUUGAUUCUUUUGAGUCCGUGAAUAACAAAUUUCCCAAUCCAUACCUCCGAUACUACAUAUAGCAAGCCCCCCCUUGUCAUAUAUAUUUUUUAAAUUCCAGUCGAGACUCAACGCUCAACUACCAUAAACGACGAUGCUUUACUCGCUCGACAUAGUUUCGUUUGGCUCGACGUAAAAUGUUUCUUUCGAGCUUACUCGGUGCCUCGUCUGGACGGAGGGGUUCCUUUAAAUCAAGCAGGUCCAAGCAAUCCCAUCGUUCUCCUGAUGUCUCCCCGUCGCGUCCCCGAAACUUUACUUCCUCUGCUCCUGAGUAUCUUUCCGACGAGUCGCAAAUCCAGCCUGCUAGCCAACCGCCGCCAGAUGUACUCGAUCUAAACCAGAACCUCGAAAGGCUCGCUGCCCUCUUUCCCGAUAUCCAAGUCGAAGUCUUCAGAGAGAUGCUUGCAUCCUUUUCCGAAGAGUCGCGAUUAUUCAUCAUCACGGACAAGUUGUUAAAGAACCCUGGUGAAUUCGUUAAGGGGCGGCGGAGAGCUAGCGAGCAUACCGGCUCGGACUCGAACGCUCCAGUCUCGCGAACCGAGGCAUUCAGAACGGCGGAAUACAAGAAGGCAGUGCGUACUUUAGCGGCGCAAGAGUUUAAGGGUCUAUUAUCUAGAUCCUCGAUUGACGCAGUUUUAUCCGAGUUCAACUACUCGUAUCUCGACGCGCGACAGACCCUCGUGGACCUGUCUUCCAAGACGUGGAAGUUCACUAUAUCUUCCUUCUUCUUUCGUCGCAAGCCUGUGACUUCUGCCGAGGCCGAGACACAUCCCCUUAUCAUAUGGAAAUCCGCGGACGAUGGGUUGAUGGUCCCGACUUUAAAGGCAACUGGUAGUGCCGAAUUGGAUAGAGAGCUGUUUGAAGAGUUGAUAAUACCAUUGAAAGAACGCGAGCAACUACUGAGAGAGGAAAGGGACCGCGCUAUGGCCGUUUCCCUACUUACAGAGGACGCCGAAGCUCACGAAGCCAUGUUUGAGUGCAGUUGCUGUUAUUCGGAUGUGAUUUUCGAAGAGAUUACCACCUGUACUGCCGAAGGGCAUAUAGUUUGCUUUAACUGCGUACGCCAUUCCAUCACCGAAGCGGUUUUUGGGCAGGGAUGGCAACGUAGCAUCGAGAAGGAAACAGGUGCUCUUCGAUGCCCUGCUGUGGCGUCGGUAGAGUGCGAAAGCUGCGUAUCUCCCGAGCACAUACAUCGAGCUAUGCAAGGGGAGAAAAACGGAGAUGAGAUUAUACGCAAACUUGACCAACGACUAGCAGAGCAUGGUCUUUUGUCCAGUGGCUUGCCUUUGGUUCGAUGUCCCUUUUGCACCUACGCCGAAGUCGACGAUCUAUAUAUGCCAGCCAGCAUAUCCAGGCCCAGGAUUCGUGUCAGCAAUAUUCCAAACUUUAUCAUCAUCUUCAUUUGCUUGAUUAUAUCUCCUCUUUUAUUUCCCAUUCUCAUAUUAGCGUUAGCCUUUGCUAUUUUGUGCUUGAAUCGUUCGUUUAGGGAUUAUAUGUCUUGGCAAUUAGGAGCGGCCGUCAUAAGGUACCAGCGUCGCCGUCGCGGGUUAAAAUUCAACUGCCAGAAUCCAACCUGCCGACGUUCGUCUUGUUUAUCAUGUUCGAAGGCGUGGGUGGAUGUUCACGUCUGCCACGAGUCGUCUCUUGUCGCCCUACGUACUCAAGUGGAGCAGGCGAUGUCUAUGGCGAUCAAGCGUGUCUGCCCCCGAUGCAGCACCUCCUUCGUCAAGACAGCUGGAUGCAACAAACUGACCUGUCCCUGUGGCUAUAAGAUGUGCUAUGUCUGUCGCAAAAACAUUGGUACUCCAAAUGAGGGCUACCAGCAUUUUUGUCAACAUUUUAGGCCCGAGGGCGAUGGUCGACAAUGUGGCGAAUGUAGCAAGUGUAAUUUAUGGGAAGCUGAGAAUACCGAGGAAAUCCUUCGAAAAGCUAAGAUCGAAGCAGAACGGAAAUGGAGAGCAUCCGAGAGACGUGAACUGUCUGACGCGGAGAAGGCGUAUCUCGAAGAUGGUGUAGGCAGCUUUAGUCGAGACAAGAGUCUGGCAUGGCUGCUUCCGGGCGGUAAGGUCCCGAGCAUUGAAGAGUUCUGUGAUUUUAUUAUAGAGACCUUGUUUGUAUAGCGGAACGGAUCGGGUUGGGCACGGAGUUUUGGUAAAAAAGGAGCAUUAUCUGGUUAUCGACUGAACCUCUCUUUGAAGUCAAAUUUCGAAAGUGAACCUCGCAUUGGGAACGGGCGUAUGAGAAUAUAUCGGUCGUAUGGUAGGGAAAGGGAUAGGAGACCAUUUGUAUGUUAUACCCAUUAGUAGUAUCGUACAUGCAACUAUUUGUCACAGGCUACGGCCUCUAGUAACACUACUGUAUA